GACACCGAGGCGGAGUGGGCUGACCGGAGCGGCGGCUGGGGAGGAUGUGGGGCGGCGACCGCCUCGCGGGUGCGGGAGCUGACGGGGCGGCGGCGACCGUGGCCUUCACCAACGCUCGCGACUGCUUCCUCCGUCUGCCGCGGCGCCUCGUGGCCCAGCUGCACCUGCUGCAGAAUCAAGCUAUAGAAGUAACCUGGGGUCACCAGCCUGCAUUCUUGAGCUGGGUGGAAGGCAGGCAUUUUAAUGAUCAAGGUGAAAAUGUGGCUGAAAUUAACAGACAAGUUGGUCAGAAACUUGGACUCUCACACGGGGAGCAGGUGUUUCUUAAGCCAUGUUCUCAUGUGGUAUCUUGCCAGCAAGUUGAGGUGGAACCCCUCUCAGCAGAUGACUGGGAGAUACUGGAGCUGCAUGCCACUUCCCUUGAACAGCAUCUUCUAGAUCAAAUUCGAAUUGUUUUUCCAAACGCCAUUUUUCCUAUUUGGGUUGAUCAACAAACAUACAUAUUUAUCCAGAUUGUUUCACUGAUGCCAACUGCCCCUUAUGGGAGGCUGGAAACUGACACUGAACUCCUUAUUCAGCCAAAGGCCCGCCAAGCCAAAGGAAGUACAUUGUCAAAAGCAGAUGACACACAUGGGAAAUUUCAUAAUUAUGGGAAAGACCAAAAAGGAAUGACAAAAGAACUUCACGCCAGUCAUCUUCAUUCAAACACAAGAAUCAUUGAAUCUAAUGAAAUAAAUUCCACAGUUUCCAGUGACUCAUCAUCGAUAUCAAGUUUGUGGACUAUGAUAGGAAACAUCUUUUCUUUUGGAUCUGAGAAGAAACAAGAGACAUGUUGGGGUUCAACUGAAAUCAGUGCUUUCAAAAGUAUGCAGUCCCAGACUGUUCCUCUAGAUAAUACUUUCAGAGUAUGCAGAGCUCAACCUCCCAGUGUAUGUAACACAUCAGCAACUUCUGUGUUCGACAAACACUGUGCCAUUCACGUAUUUCCAUGGGACCAGGAAUACUUUGAUGUGGAACCCAGUUUUACUGUGACCUAUGGAAAGCUAAUUAAAGUACUUUCUCCAAAGCAAAAACAAAGUAAAGCAAAGCAGAAUGUUCUGUCACCUAAAAGAGAAAAGUAUGUAUCAGAGCUGCUAGAUCAAAAACAGAUUAGCUCAGAUCAUAGUCAUGAAGCUGAUACAUUCUGUGUGCUAAAGGUUAUAUGGAAUGGACUUGAAGAAUUGAGAAAUGCCAUAAAAUACACCAAAAACAUAGAACCUCUCCAUCUUGGGAAAGUCUGGAUUCCAGAUGACCUGAGAAAGAGGCUAAAUAUAGAAAUGCAUGCAGUAGUCAGAAUAACUCCGGUGGACAUUGCCCCUGAAAUUCCAAGAUCUCUAAAAUUACAACCUAGAGAGAACUUACCUGAAGAUGUAAGUGAAGACGAUGUAAAAACUGUGUUCUCUUCCUGGGUUCAGCAGUCUGCUACCACCAUGCUUCCUUUGAUAAUAUCAGAGGAACAAUUGAUUAAGCUGGAAAUUAAAGAUGGGUUGAAGGUGUUUUAUCUGAGUAUAGUUCAUUCUUGGGGAAAAGAGAAGAUAAAAGAAAAAGAAAAAAAUAUUUUUCUGUUGAGUACCAAUCUGCUGCAGAAGAUCUCAGUACAAGUCCUUCUAGAUCCUAUGGUAAAAGAAGAAAACAGUGAGGAAAUUGACUUUAUUCUUCCUUUUUUAAAGCUGAACGCUUUGGGAGGGGUGAGUUCCAUAGGCAUAUCCUCUGUGGAGCAUAUUACCCAUAGCCUCCUGGGACGCCCUUUUUCUCGGCAGCUGAUGUCCCUUCUUGCGGGACUUAGGAAUGGAGCCCUUCUACUCACUGGAGGAAAGGGAAGUGGAAAGUCAACUUUAGCCAAAGCAAUCUGUAAAGAAGCAAGUGACAUACUGGAUGCCCACGUGGAGAUAGUUGACUGUAAAGCUUUGGGAGGUAAAAGGCUUGAAAACAUACAAAAAACUGUGGAGGGGGCCUUCCAAGAGGCAGCAUGGAGACAGCCAUCUGUUGUUCUGCUGGAUGACCUUGAUCUCAUAGCUGGACUGCCUACUGGCCCAGAACAAGAGCACAGUCCUGAUGCCGUGCAGAGCAAACGGCUCGCUCAUGCUUUGAAUGAUAUGAUCAAAGAGUUCAUUGCCAUGGGAAGUUUAGUUGCACUGAUGGCCACCAGCCAGUUUCAACACUCUCUGCAUCCUUCCCUGGUUUCUGCUCAAGGAACUCAUAUAUUUCAAUGUGUCCAUCAUAUUCAACCUCCUACUCAGGAACAAAGGCAUGAAAUUCUGUAUAAUGUUAUAAAAAAUAAACUGGGCUGUGAUGCAAACAAGUUCACUGAUCUUGACCUGCAACAUGUCGCUAAAGAAACUGAAGGAUUUGUGGCUAGAGAUUUUACAGUGCUUGUGGAUAGAGCCAUACAUUCUCAUCUCUCUCAUCAGCAAAUAUCUACCAAGGAAGAAUUACUUCUAUCAACAUUGGACUUCCAAAAGGCUCUCCAAAGAUUUAUUCCUGCAUCUUUGCGAAAUGUCAACCUACAUAAACCUAGAGACUUGGGCUGGGAUAAGAUUGGUGGAUUACAUGAAGUUCGCCAGAUACUUAUGGAUACAGUCCAAUUACCAGCCAAGUAUCCAGAAUUAUUUGCAAAUUUGCCCAUACGACAGAGAACAGGAAUAUUGUUAUAUGGUCCCCCUGGCACAGGAAAAACCUUACUAGCUGGGGUGGUUGCACGAGAGAGUGGAAUGAAUUUUAUUAGUAUCAAGGGUCCUGAGUUACUCAGCAAAUAUAUUGGAGCCAGUGAGCAAGCUGUUCGGGAUAUUUUCAUUAGAGCACAGGCCGCGAAGCCCUGUAUUCUUUUCUUUGAUGAAUUUGAAUCCAUUGCCCCUCGAAGAGGUCAUGACAAUACAGGUGUUACUGAUCGAGUGGUUAACCAGUUACUGACUCAGUUGGAUGGAGUAGAAGGCUUACAGGGUGUUUAUGUGUUGGCUGCCACUAGUCGCCCUGACUUGAUUGACCCUGCCCUGCUUAGGCCUGGUCGACUAGAUAAAUGUGUAUACUGUCCUCCUCCUGAUCAGGUAUCACGCCUUGAAAUUUUAAACGUUCUCAGUGACUCUCUGCCUCUGGCCGAUGAUGUAGACCUUCAGCAUGUGGCGUCAGUCACCACCUCCUUUACCGGGGCUGAUCUGAAAGCCCUGCUUUACAAUGCCCAGUUGGAGGCUUUGCAGGGAAGGCUGCUCACCAGCGCGCUCCAGGAUCGAAGUUCCAGUUCUGAUAGUGACUUAAGUCUGUCUUCAAUGGUCUUUCUUAACCAUAGCAGUGGUUCUGAUGACUCAGCUGGAGAUGGCGAGUGUGGCUUAGAUCAGUCCCUUGUUUCUCUAGAAAUGUCUGAGAUACUUCCAGAUGAAUCAAAAUUCAAUAUGUAUCGGCUGUACUUUGGAAGCUCUUAUGAGUCAGAACUUGGAAAUGGAACGUCUUCUGAUCUGAGCUCACAGUGUCUCUCUGCACCAAGCUCCAUGACUCAGGAUUUGCCUGGAUUUCCUGGGAAAGACCACUUGUUUUCACAACCUCCAGUGUUCAGGACAGCUUCACAAGAAGGUUGCCAAGAACUUACGCAAGAACAAAGAGAUCAACUGAGAGCAGAAAUCAGUAUUAUUAAAGGAAGAUAUCGGAGCCAAAGUGGAGAGGAUGAACCGCUUAGCCAACCAGGACCAAUGAAAGCCAGUCUCACUAUUAGCCAAUCCCACUUAAUGACUGCAUUCAGCCACACAAGACCAUCCAUUAGUGAGGAUGACUGGAAGAACUUUGCUGAGCUGUAAGUAAUCACUU